AUGGUUAGUUCACUGAACAAGGAAGCUUUUGGGAAACUAACUUGCUGUGCAGCAAUGGAACAAAAUUCAGCAUAUUUUCCUAUGGGAACCAUGAACCAUGCAGGGAUGCAGCACCCUGUAGUGGGAUUAGCCAACAACUUCAACAUAAAGACAGAACCUCAGUUAGAUAUCAAGUCUGAACCACAGGAUAUGUUUCAAAGUGUUACUAGUAGUACAGGAAAGGGCAAAUCUUCAAAGGCCAAGAAAAGAAAGACAGAGAAAGUGAAACAGGAAAAAAUAACAGACCACAUGCAAGUGAAGAAGAAGAAACAUGAUCGUUUUAAGGGCAUGCCUGAAGAAGAAGUGAUGAAGCGUCUUCUGCCAGAUCACCUGGCAGAAGAUUUAGACAUUGUUAUUGUGGGAAUCAAUCCAGGCUUAAUGGCAGCUUACAUAGGACAUCACUAUGCGGGUCCAGGAAAUCACUUUUGGAAAUGUAUGUACCUCUCCGGCCUUAUUCCAGAGCCACUCACUGCAUAUGAUGACAAUAAACUCCUCAAAUACGGAAUAGGCUUUACAAAUAUAGUUGCUAGAACGACCAGAGGAAGUGCAGAUCUGACAAGAAAAGAAAUCAAAGAAGGGGCGAAAUUUUUAUCAGAGAAACUCAACAAAUACAAACCAAAAAUAGCUGUCUUUAAUGGAAAGGGUAUUUAUGAAGUAUUUGUGGGACACAAGAAUUUUGCAAUAGGAAAGCAACCAGAACCUUUGGAGGGCACUGAAACGAUUGUGUAUGUGAUGCCCUCUUCCAGUGCUCGUUGUUCACAACUACCUAGAGCUGUUGACAAAGUGCCAUUUUACGCAGCACUGAAGAAACUGCGGGACCAUUGUCGUGGAGACUUAAAAGAACUGGAUGACUCAGAGGUAUGUUUCCCUGACCUAGAGCUGAAAGUCAUCAAAAAGGAAGACCGGCUGAAGGCAGAAGGCUACCCUGAUGAAGACAACAAGGGACAAAUUAACUUUGAUAAUGGCGGUGUGCCAGGUCACUUCACAAAUAACCAGCCAAUGAAUGGGGCUGUAGGUCCCACAGGUUUAAAUCACCCUGGAAACUUUAUGUCCAUCAAGCAGGAAGCUCCUUACAACUCACAAGAUUAUGGGAACAACAGCAACAUGUUCCAACAACAGAUGCCUGUGAUAAGUUUUCCAUGCCCUUCAUAUCCAAUUUCCAGUAUGGCAUUUUCAGGAGGAGGUAACUCCCAUCCCCAUGGACCUCAAGGAAUGGUUCCUUUACCAACAACAACAUAUCCCUCCUCCCAGGUUGGGCCAUCAAUGUUUGGAGGACAGGGGUCUCAGGGACCUCAUCCAUCACAUUUUCCUACUAGUCAGGGUUCUUACAUUCCAUCAGUAAACUGUCAUGGCAACUCCCAACAAGGUCAAAGCCAAUUUUUGCCUCCUGGUCAAGGUCAGAGUCCAACAAACAUGUUUUCAUCCCAGGGUCCAUCACAAAAUCUACCUCAACAUGUGGACCUGACUGUCCAAGGAUCUUUCCAAUCUGCGGGAGUGCGCAUGUCGAACACCAUGCAUAGCUGGCCUGGUGUGCCUGCUCAGUCUUGUGGACAAUCACCUCAGAUACAACAGGGAUUUGAUCAUAUGCAAAAUCCUGUGUUCAUCAAGUCAGAACCACAAGAGUUUGGGUCUUCAUCAUCGUCAUCCACUUGUCCUUUUCAAAACGCAGGUUAAGUAAUUUAAAUAUUGUAGUCAAGUGUCAAUGUAUGUGUUCAUUAUAGUGACAAUAUUAUAGUAUUUUGUACGCUGUAUUAAAUGUCUUCUUAGUAGUC